GCAUCUGGGAGACAAUUGAGCUUCGUUAGUGCUAUGCAAACCAGCAAAGUUGGUUCAAUGGCUCGCAGGAGUGUUGUGAUCACUUCAGAACCAAAAAUGGAAAAGGGUUCUUUACCAAGCAAACCUCUUGUCCAGGUUUUUGAUGAUCAGGGAAAAGAUGUGACACCUCGUCCACUUUAUCGUCCAGAAUUGAAUGUCGCACACAGACAAAGCAAAAUUUUAUCAGUACAUGAUUUUGCUGGGAUGACUCAACCUGAUUUCUUGUCCUCUUUAUCAAUGCAACAAACUUCUGUAGCUAGUAUUAGUUUAGCAGGUCCAUUUUCCAGAACUUAUGGGAGUGGCAGUGUUACAAAAUCAACUGCUUCUACUGAAUCAAUGGCAGAAGAGAUUGUAGAGCCUGGAUUUAGACGAGACACCAUUUCUAGUUUUGCAGAUGUCCAGGUUAGAAGAGAAGAGAUGUUAGAACAGCCGACAAAGCACGAGUUAGAAAAGACUGUGGAUAUAUUCCUGACUGAGACAGAAACAAUUUGGUUAUUUAACAUGCCAACUGCUAUGAUAUCUGCAGAAUCUGAAGAAGCCGAAGAUGUCAGGAAAAGGAAUAUUGCUUAUAUGGAACUCUGUAAAAACAGAAUUGGCAAUGAUCAAUAUGCCAAUAGAAUGAUGCAAACACUGAAUGGCGCACCAAAGGCAAAGGAAGUACAAUGUGACAAAAUUGUAAUGGCUGACAAAGAGAUAAUGGCCACUACUUGGGAUUUAUUUGAUUCUUUUAAUGCUUUGGAAGCAGCAACAGCAGAAACAAUUAGUGGAGCACUAACUACAGUGGCUGGUAAAUCAGCUGCAGUCAAAGAGCAUGACAAAGCUAUGUCCCUUGGUUCUGUGGAAACAGAAAGCUUUACUUCAAGUUCCAUUAUUGAUCUUGAAAGUGUAAUUCUCUCCAGAAUUCAGGAAGAAACAGAAGACCACUCAGAAAUUAUACUUAAAUCUGAUAAAUUUAAUCAAGAUCUAUUUUAUAUGGAAAGAGUCCUAAUGGAGAAUAUUUUCCAGCCUAAACUUGCAGCUUAUCGGCAACUUCCUAUCCUCAUAGAACCAGAUGUCAAAUCUGAAUACAGUGAAUCGGAAUUUGAUACUGUAUCAGUAAAGGAGGAGGAAAAGGAGGAGGAAGAAGAGGAUGAGGGACAGCAGCCAUCAGUGAAAUCAUCCUUGCUGUUAGAGUUUGGUGAACGACCAGAAGAACUACCACCACCAUUUAUGGAAGCCUUGUGGUCCUAUGGGUGCAAUUUGACGAAAGGCAACAAUGUGAGCUGCAUGGCUUGGAACAAGUUAAACCCUUGGCCAGAACGUAUCUACAACUGUAUUCAUGGGGUAACUGCAUUAGAUUUCUCUACAGCCAAUCCAAACCUCCUAGCAGUUGGACUGUUCAAUGGGACAAUAGAAGUUUAUAAUGUCCAGUCCCGAAAUCAAACUUCAGUUCUAGACAACAGGAGCAGAGGUAAAGUCGUCUACCGUCCUAUUGAUUUACCAAACAAGCCUUUCCUGAUUGCUGCACAGGUCUGUAAUUACAGAUCUUUAUGUCUAUACCUAAUGAAGCUAAAGCGAACAACAGCUGAAAAGAAAAAAGCAGGAACAGAAAGAAAAAGUGAAGCGCUUAUAUCUCGACAGGCUCCAGGACUAUGUUUUGAUUUUCAUCCAAAGGAUACUAACAUCUACAUGGCAGGAACUGAAGAAGGUUAUAUUCAUAAAUGUUCUUGUUCUUAUAAUGAGCAGUACCUGGAGACCUACAGAGGACACAAGGGCCCUGUGUAUAAGAUCACAUGGAAUCCUUUCAGCACAGAAGUGUUUCUAAGUUGUUCUGCAGACUGGACUAUCAUGCUGUGGCGCCAGGAUUCAGUUCGCCCAGUUUUAAUCUUUACUUCCACUACCAAUGUUAUUUAUGAUAUCAUGUGGUCUCCGAGUUCUGCCUACGUGUUCGCAGCAGUGAAUGAAACCAGGGUAGAAAUCUGGGAUCUAAGUGUGAGCACGCUGGAUCCCCUGAUUGUGAAUCCUGCUACUGGCAAUUUGAAAUUCACAACUGUACUUUUUGCUAAAAAUGCAGAUUGCCUUCUGAUUGGGGACAGUGAUGGACUAGUCACUGUUUAUGCACUGAGAAAUAUGACCGUCUCGGACAGAAAGAAGAUGGAUAUUUUGCAUGAUAUGAUCGGCUCUAAUCUAGCCAGUCCAGAGUAGUUUUUUUACAGAAAUAUUUAAGAAGAGUGAAGAUGCCAACGGAAAUUACAUGGAGAAGUCAAAAUCCCAAAGCAACGAAUUAAUCCAGUAUAACAUGGAGUCUGAGAAAGAUUUGCGAGGCAUGCAACAGAGGUCUGUGCACAAAAGAAAUGAGGAUGUCAUGCAG